AUCAAACUUUCAAAUGCGUUUUCUUUCUCUUACUGCCUCUGCUGCAGCUCUCUUGUUACUCGGUGGCAUUGCCGACGCCAAAGUCAACGUACUAUCAUGGGAUGAAGCAUACGAAAAAGCUCAUGCUCUUGUUGAUAAAAUGUCCCUUGAAGCAAAGGUUAAUAUCACAACUGGUGUUGGAUGGAAAGGCGGUCUUUGUGUCGGUAACACCUACCCUGUUUCAGAACCUGCUUUCCCUGCCCUUUGUUUGCAAGAUGCUCCUCUAGGUAUGCGAUGGGCUAGUAAUGUUACCUCUGGUGUUUCUGGUAUCAAUGCUGCUGCCUCUUUUGACAAGGAAGCUAUCCUUGCUCGUGGUCAUUAUAUGGGUCAAGAAUUUCAUGGCAAAGGUGUUCAUAUUCAAUUAGGUCCUGCUGUCAACUUUAUGAGAUCACCUGAAGGUGGUCGUGGCUGGGAAUCUGGAGGCGAAGAUCCUUAUUUACAAGGUGUCAUGGCUGCAGAGACCAUUAAGGGUAUUCAAGAAGAAGGUGUGAUUGCUACCGUCAAGCACUUUAUCCUCAAUGACCAAGAACUCAACAGAAAAGCUUCCAGCUCCAAUGCUGAUUCUCGUACCUUCCAUGAAGUCUAUCUUUGGCCUUUUGCUCGUGCUGUAGAAGCUGGUGUUGGCUCUGUGAUGUGUAGUUACAACCAAUUGAAUGGUACAUGGGCCUGUGAAGACGAUUAUUCAUUGAACCAAGUCUUGAAGGGUGAACUUGGAUUCAAGGGUUUUGUGCAAUCUGACUGGGCUGCCACUCACUCCACGGCCAAGGCUGCUAAUGGCGGUUUGGACAUGACCAUGCCUGGUGACAUUGAAUUUGAAUCCCACGACUCUUAUUUUGGUGCUAAUUUGACUUUGGCUGUCAAGAACAAGGAAGUCAAGGAAGAACGUGUGACUGAUAUGGCUUUGCGUAUCGUUGCUGCCUGGUACAAGAUGGGUCAAGAUAAAGACUUCCCUGAGACCCGUAUCAAUGGUUUUCACCGUGACCAAGAACCUUUUGUUGAUGUUCAAGGAGAUCAUUACAAGUUAGCUCGUGAAAUGGCUGCUGCUUCCACUGUACUUUUAAAAAACGAUGGUGUUUUACCUAUUGACAAAAAGAAGAUCAAAAGUGCUGCCCUUAUUGGUAGUGGCAUCAAAAAGAACCCUAAUGGCAUUAACAGUUGUGAAGAUCAUGGUUGUUUGAUUGGUCACCUUGCUCAAGGUUGGGGUUCUGGUACUGCUGAUUUCCCUUACUUGAUUGAUCCUCUUACUGGUCUCUCUGAUGCUUUUGGAAAGGAUGUUGCCAUCAAGUCUUCAGAUAAUGAUUGGGAUCUUGAUGCUGCUGCUAAUGCUGCCAAGGAUGCUGAAGUUGCUUUUGUAUUCUCUGCUGCUACUUCUGGUGAAGAGUACAUUGUAUUUGAUGGUAAUGUUGGUGAUCGUAACAACCUUAGUUUAUGGAACAAUGGUGAUAACUUGAUCAAAGCUGUUGCUGAUGCUAACAAGAACACUAUUGUCGUUAUUAACUCUGUGGGUGCUGUUCUUAUGCCUUGGAUCAGCCACCCUAACAUCAAGGCUGUUCUCUGGCCUGGUCUUGCUGGUCAAGAAUCUGGUAACGCUCUUGCUGAUAUUGUCACUGGUGCUGUCAAUCCAUCUGGUCGUCUUCCUUACACCAUUGCCAAGCAAGAUUCAGACUAUAAUGUCAAGCCUGAUCCUAACUUCAACAUUUCCUACUCUGAACAAUUGAAUGUUGGCUACAAGCACUUUGACCAAGCUGGUAUUGAACCUUUGUUCGCUUUCGGUCAUGGUUUGUCCUACACCAAGUUUGAAUACAGCAACUUGAGAGCCAAGGCUACCAAGUCAGAUAAAGAAGCCAAGGUCAAUGUGUCCGUCAAGGUCAAGAAUGCAGGUCCUGUUCCUGGUGCUGAAAUCGUUCAAGUCUAUCUUCAAUUCCCUGAUAGUGCUGGUGAACCCCCCAAGAACCUUCGUGGUUUUGAAAAAGUCUUUUUGAAGAAAGAUUCCUCAGAAACAGUUAAAUUUGAACUUAGUAAGACUGAACUCAGUAUCUGGGAUGUUGAUUCAGCUUCUUGGGUUAUUCCUUCUGGCAAGUUCUCUAUUCAUGUUGGCGCUUCUAGUCGUGAUAUUCGUCAAACUGCCUCCUUUUCUCUUUAAAUCAAACUCUUCUAAUUAUGUAAUAAUAAAUCUUGAAGCUAAAAUAAAUAUCCAUUCAUGC